AUGAUUGCACCACCAUUAAACUUUUUACAAUUAUCUACAGAAGUAAGCGAACCAUUUAUUAUACCCAAUGUAUCACCGGUUUCUUCACCUAAAUUAAUGGCCAAAAAAUGGCAAUAUAGCAUAUCAGAAGCAUUAUCUAAUAACCGCACAAAUGAUAGUAGUAGGAUGAGUCCGCUUGUUGUUGGUGUUGAAGAAAAAAAUGAAGAGGAGGAAUUGAUACCUGCAAGGAAAUUUUCCACAAUUGACUUGAACGAGACGGGUACAGCUCCUUGA